CACCUGUCUGAACCUCCUACUGAAGAGAGCUUCUUCGGAAAAAAAUCAGCAUCUCACCAUAUGAGGAAUCAACAGGAGAAAGUAUUCUCUCCUGUGCUUCAUAUUUCUUCAGUGAAAGAGUGAUUUUGGAAGACUUACUAGGCCUCCUUGCUUAAGGUGCCUUUUUCAGGAGAAGCAUGGCUUGCUGCGCAUUACAAAUGAUUGGUCUAAUAUUUGGAGGUGUGGGCAUGGUUGGGACUUUGGCAGCUACAGCUAUGCCACAGUGGAGAGUUUCUGCCCACAUUGACAGUAACAUCGUGGUUUUUGAGACUGUCUGGGAAGGACUGUGGAUGGACUGCAUCAGCCAGAUGGGCAUCAGGCUACAGUGCAAGUUCUACGACUCUAUCCUGGCUCUUCCCCCACCCUUAGAGGCGUUCAGAGCCCUCAUGUGCACUGCUGUGCUCCUCUCAAUCACUGCCUUUUUGAUGGCUGUUGUUGGUGUGAAGAACACUCACUGGACCAAGGAGGAUCCCCAGGGCAUCAGUAUCUUCAUAUUGGCAGCUGGAGUUGCCUUUCUGCUGACAGGCGUCCUUGUUCUGAUCCCUGUGUCAUGGACUGGUGGUGGCAUCAUUCAUGACUUCUACGAUCCAAAAGUCCCUACACCACUGAAACGAGAACUAGGAGCUGCUCUCUAUGUGGGCUGGGUGAGCGCUGCACUUCUAGUUGUUGCGGGUGCAAUGUACUGUAGCUUCUGGUGCUGGGCUGGUACAUCCCCAAAAUCUAGGUAUCCUUCACUUCCUCAUCACAGAUUGUACAAACCUGUCACGGCAGGAGGGCCAUUGCUAAGCAUGCAGGCAUAUGUGUAGUGGCUACAUGGACUCUUUCUACUUACUAUGUUGAUACAUCCCAAUUGACUGCAUUGCCUAAUAAAACUGUGAGUCUGUAAUAGAUGAACAAUUUUUUUUUUUUUAUUUUUUUAUUUUUUUUCAUUCGCUACUUACUACUGAUACACUUAUUUGCUCUCUGACAUGUUCGUAGGAAAUGUUAUUACAUGGACAUUAUGUUAGACCUCAAUAGAAAAAUCUCACCAUUUUAUGGGAAAGAAAACUGGCAUGGAAAGAAACAACAGCUGCCAGGAAACCCUUGUGGAAGACUAACAGUAUGGUUGGGCUGGAAGGCAGGCAGCUGCUGUGCAAUAGUACCAUUGCCCUCCACUAAGACCAUGACAGUCAAAGGGAGUAGUGCAUUUUACUCUAAGGUAAAGUCUUUGUGAUGAGAAGCAUGGAUUUGGCAGAGUGGUGGAAAAACUCACUGCAUUAAUGGAAAAGCUUCAGUAAUCUUAUUUCCAGUACUAGCACACAAAAGUUCAUGCUCCCUUGUCAGAGAUCUUUGAUUGACUGUGGGUUUCACAGACUAUUAUGGAGCUGAUGUAUCCUUCCUACAUCUUUUGCAGGGCACAGAAUUCAUCUCAUGGAAUAAUAAAAUUUGUAUUCACUUCACCAGACUUUGUCAUGAAUGUAUUAACUUUCCGUUGCCUGGUAUAUCCCAUCUUUAAAGGGUUUUUCUCUACUAUAAAAUGCAGGACAGACUAUCUGUCUUCAUGCACUUUAAAGCACUGUGAUUAUGUCAAGUGUAAUUAAAGAAGCCAGGCAAAUGAAAAUGCUCAAUCCUCACUUGCACACUGGAAGAUCAAGAGUUCCUGCCUACAUCUUAUACCUGCAAAAACCACAUCCUGAUGUUGUCCUGACUGCUUUAUAUUUACAAGACUUAAAAUGUGAUCUGAGUAACAUGAUUUCUAUCUGUCCAUUGUGUGGAAUCCAACAGUAUUUUUAGUUGUGCUUUCUCACAGAUGAAAAUUUGGAAUCUGCUUUUAAAAGUGGGUAUAUACUGAUAAGUGACCAGGGGAGUUCCAUUUAAAAACAUUUUUCCUUGGUAGUAGUAACAGAUGGUACCAUUUCAUUGAUAUUUCAUAGCACAGUUUGAUCCUUUCCUGUAUCUUUUACUGGUAUCUGAAAAUGACUUUUCAAGUUGUACAGAGCAAUGCCUCUAUAUAAUUGUUUGAUGGUUCAAUUUGAAGAACAUGGAAAGCUACAUUUAAUUUAAAAAGCCUUUUAUAAAUUUGACUUCAGAUGAACCUAAAUGAAACCAUGUGGCCAAACGUGGAUAUGUAUUACAUAUGUUAGCUAAUGCUCAUUUACACUUAAGACAACCAGCUCAGAGCUUUUGGUGGGAAUUUCUUGUUACUAAGAAAGAGGUUUAAAGCGCUCUGCUCAUCUCUUGAGAAGUCAAAUUAGCACUUAUUAAUUCCAAAUGAGUCUUUAAGGUGACAUUUCUGCAUAGAUUUUCUAGUACUAAAAUAUAUUUUCUUAUGUUGUCUAAUGGCGGAUGCACAAUAUCUUUAACAACAGCUCUCUCUGGACCAGACAAGUUAUUUCAAUGGAAUUGUUUUCUUAAAU